AUGGAGCGGGACGACCGAGUGCCCUUUGUGCGGCCGUCCGCUGGCGCCGUGAUUUCUCCACUCGGAGUAGAUUGCCCCGAGUCCCGCUGCUCCGAGUCGGCGAAGAGUGUUCCCGGUAUCAAGCUUCGCACAAUGACAGCUGUCACUGACGAAACCCAAAUGGUUCCUCGUCUGACGGCUGUGGUGGAAGGCGCGGUCGAGUUACCCUGCAACCUAUCGGUGCCUGCGUCCAACCACGACCGGGACAACGUAACGCUAGUGCUCUGGUCCAAGUCUGGGGUUCACGGGCCCCUCUACAGCGUGGACGCCCGCAACUCGCCGCUGGAACGGGCCAAACAUUUCCCCAGCCCAGACCUCGGCGGGCGGUACGACUUCAACACGAGCUCGCUACCGACGGCGCUGCUUCGCAUAGAUCCCGUGAGACCGGAAGAUGCCGGCGAGUUCAAGUGUCGCGUCGACUUUCGGUGGGCGAGGACGCACACGUACGGCGUGGCCUUGGAAGUGAUAGUGCCGCCCAAGAAAGCCAUCAUCACCGACGAGUCUGGCAAGGUUCUACAAGACGUCAUUGGGCCAUACGACGAAGGGGCUCCUCUUAAGCUGGCCUGUGAGACGAGAGGAGGAUCUCCCUUACCUGCUGUCACCUGGUGGAGGGAAAUGACCUUGCUCGAUGAUCAGUACCACAACACGAGCGAGAGCACCUCACGCAACGAGCUGCUAAUCCCAAAACUGGAGCGCUCGGACGCGCGAAGCGUGCUAACGUGCCAGGCGUCGAACACCAACCUGACCCUGCCCGUCUACGCCUCCGUUACCAUCGACAUGAAUCUGCGUCCGCUGGACGUGAAGGUGACGAGCGCGCGUGACGUGCUCGUGGCCGGUCACCGGGCCGAGCUGCGCUGCCAGUCGCGCGGGGCGCAGCCGGCAGCGCGCAUUACGUGGUGGAAGGGCGGUCAGCAGCUGGGCCGCACCGUCGAGAAGCUCGAAGGCAACGUCACCUCGAGCACGCUCAUUUUCGUGCCCGGUCCCGAAGACCACGAGCGCCUGCUCACGUGCAAGGCCGACAACCCUCAGCUGCCGGACAGCGCCAUCGAAGACGCCAUCUUUCUGUCUGUCACGUACGCGCCGCAGGUCUCGCUGAGCGUAACGUCAACGCACGCGAGUGGCGCCAUCCUCGAGGGUUCGGACGUGCUGCUCGAGUGCGCGGUGCGCGCCAACCCGUCGGUGCGUGAGGUCUGGUGGAAGCACAACGGCCGCCUGCUGGACCGGAGCCGAGACGCCGGCCUCGACCUGGUGUUCGGCAACCAGUCGCUGCGGCUCCUGCGCAUCCGUCGAACCAGCGCUGGCACCUACCAGUGCCUCGCCAGUAACACGCAGGGCCAAGGCGAGAGCAAUCAGCUGCAGCUACAGAUCAAGUUCGCUCCUGUGUGUCGCGAAGGACAGAAACUGGUGUACGGCGUCGCCAAGAACGAGGCUGCUCAGAUGUCGUGCGAACUGGAGGCCGAUCCCCCGGACGUGUCAUUCCAGUGGCGUUUCAACAGCACCUUCGAGGGAGAGCGGCACCUGUCCGCUAUGCCGGUCGAUAAAGGCCUCCGCAGCGUGGCCACUCACGUUCCUCGCAGCCGAACCGACUACGGCAUGCUCUAUUGCUGGGGAAAGAACAGCGUCGGCACGCAGGUCAAGCCAUGUGUGUUUACCAUCGUCGCCGCCGGACCUCCGGAACCACUGAGUAAUUGCAACGUGGUCAACGCCACUGCUGAUUCGCUCAAAAUAGAAUGCGACUCCGGAUACGACGGCGGGCUGGAGCAAACAUUUCAUCUAGAGGUUAUAGACUCGGUGCGCAGUGAGACACUCGCCACGCGGGAGCAGAAGGAGAGACCGCUGUUUUUGGUGCAACCGCUGCCCCCGGGAACGGAGUUCAUAGUGCGCGCCUUCGCUCAGAACGCCAAAGGACGGAGCGACAGCGACAUCUUCACAGCGAGCACUGAAGAGGCACGUGAUGACGGAGAUGGUGACCCUCUACAGCUCGCCAUGAGCCCUCUUCUAGGCGUUUUGAUCGGCGCUGUGGCUGCGCUGAUUCUCGUAGCGAUAAUCAUCAUUAUCAUCAUGAGGAUGCGUUCCCACGACAAUGACGCAGAUUCCAGGGAGCUGAACACUGCCGAAAAGUCUCAGACCCUUUUGCGAAAGGGUGUCGUCGUUGAGGACACAAGUGAAGGUGACAUCAAGGACCCGGAUAUCAUACCGCCGAAGACAGAUUUGGAAGAUCCAGAGUGGGUCUUCCGCCAGUUAAAUGGAUCCAAUGGUAGGAUACGCCAGGAUGGGAGCAUUUCCAAAGGCGGCAUGAUGUACGGCACGUUGCCAAAUGUCAAAGUCCAGAUGCCGCCUCAGCAAUUCCGUGACGACAUGAUGUACCGUGAGCGGCACUAUCCGGGCAGUGGAGUUCGUGGUGACCUGGACAGCAGUCCCGGGGAGCGGCAGCGUAGUGGGGGCACGUUCCGGCCCCAAGGCAGCAUGCCAGAUCCUGAUGAGGUGGACCGAAUGAUCGCCUCCUCCAAAGCUCCCUUGCACACGGCCACAUUAAUGCGCCGGAGUCCACAGGUACGCAAUCUCCACGUCGCCACCACCUCCAUGAGACCACCGCCAGUGCCUUCUCCAGCCAACAGAGACGCGGUCCCGCUGCCACGUCCGAAAGCUUCGAACUCGGAAUGCGCCGACGCCGGGACAGUGCGUCUUCCACGGACUCCUACAUGUCCUGGAGUGCGGGUCAUCCCACCGUCAGGAUACGUGGCUCCUCGCAAGAGCAGCAAACGCUACGUCACCACCGACAGAUGUGGCUCGGGGCCACUUUGCCUCGCGGAGGAUUAUCGCAGCACCAGCAACACCAGCCACUGGAGCAGGAGCGUCGCAACUCCUUCGGCGACGAAGGACCGCGGUACGAAAACACCGCCUUCCUCAGGCAGCUUCAGCUACGAAACAUGGCGGAUGAACCAUCAGCCGCUUCUGGGGCCACGUUGCGUGGAACAAGGCGUAGUUGCCGCGUGUGAGUGUGGCCGUAGUGCUCGAGAAGGCUGGCGGCUUACGCAGUGA